AUGGAAGAACCUAAAAGAGAAUUUCACUUUAUCACACAGAAACGAACAAUAUUAACACUUCCACAACGAGACUUUUCAAGUCAAUUUGUUAAUGCAAGGAAUGGAUAUAGAACAGUUGAACAUCAACGAACAGAAAAGAUAAGUGGAAUAAUUAAACAAAUAAUUACAACAAAACAAAUACCACAAAAAAGUGAAUGGAGUUUUUCAGUUCAAACAUGUGGUAAUUGUGGAGGAACCGUUAUUGGAGGAAUAACAUGUUGUGCAUGUGGAAUAUAUAUUUGUUCCAAUUGUAGACAAACUUAUACAAUUGAUAAUGGGAAUUAUGAUAUUACAUUAUGUAUGUUAUGUUCGGAAUGUUUUGAACGAAUGGAACAAACGAAUUGGUUUGAACAAAAAAUUAAAGAAGGAGAAGAUAAAGAAGUAGUUUUAAUACAUUUAAAAGUAACAAAAACAUUAUUAUUAUUUGAUGAAACAUUUAGAACAAUGAAAGCAUUUGAAGGAGUAGAAGGAUUAAAUGAUGAAAAUUUUUUAAAAGAAUGUAAAGAAAGAUUAAGAGAAUUUCAAAUUGUUUUAAAAAAAGUAAAUGAAUUAAAAGAAUUGAUGAAAAAUUUUAUAAGUAAAUCAGAAGCAGAAAAAAGAAUUAUACAAAAUUUAUUUUAUAUUUGGUCAAUGUUUAAUAAAGAAAAAGUUCUUAAAGCAAUUACUUUUGCUCAAUUAUUUUCUAAAGAAAUUGAAAUUGAUGAAAAAAAAUUAGAAGAAAUUAAAGAUAGAAAUAAACAAUUUGAAAUUAUUGAAUUAGAAAAUACUGUUAUUUCAUCUAAUGGUGGUGUUCUUAAAAUUAUUGCAGAAAAUAUUGAUCCUUCAAUGAAAGUUAUUAUUAAUGGAAUUGAUUCAAUUCCUACUUUUUAUAAAAACUUUAUUUAUCUUCAAAUUCCUAAACAAACAUCUUCUAAACCUGAUAUUAAUAUUCAAUUCAUUACAAAAUAUGGAAAUGUUCAACUCUUUAAUACUAUUUUUUAUGAUAACAUUAAACAUUCUUCUUUGUCUUUAAAUAAUAUUAAUUCUUCUUCUUCUAAAGUAUCUUCUAUUAAUAUUAAUAAUAAUUUGAAUGUUCAAACUCAAUUAAAAUCUCUUGAUAAUAAAGACAGUUUUAAUUGGGUUAAAACUAAUUUCUUCAAAAAGUUUAAACAAAACGAUGAUACUCAAAAUGAACUUUCUCUUCCUUCUAUUAAAUCAAAUGUUAAUCUCUCAAAUAAUUUAAAUAAUAAUAUGAUUGAAUCUUUGGAAGAUGAAAAUAAAAAAGAAAUAAAAGACAAUGAAUUUAAACAACAAGAUGAAAAAAAGAAAUUAUUUGUAUUUGAAGAUUGUUCAAGUGAAUCAAAUGAUGAAAAUAAUGACAAUGACAAAAAAGAAGAAAGUACUGAAGAUGAUGAAAGUAGUGAGGAGGAUGAUGGAGAUGAAGAAAUUCUUUUUGUUAAAAAACCUGACCAGCAAGUUGAAGAACAAAAAAAAGAAAAUAAUUUUCCAAAAAUUCAAGAUGAUCAAAGUUCAAUACAGGAAUUUAAUAUUAAUACAAACACUAAUGGAUGGAAAUCCAUUAAUGACUUAGAUGAUUUUGAAAUAUUAGACAUUGACUCAAUGGAUAUUAAAAUGGAAAUAUUAAGUUUAUCUCCAAGUGCAUUUUCUACUAAAGGAGGACAAUUAACAAUAAAAGGAAAAAAUUUUGGUAAUCAACCAAUUGUAUUUGUUAGAAAUAAGAAAGUAGAAGAUAAAAAAGUUCUUUCAAAAUCUCCUACUAAAAUUAUUAUUAUAUUACCACCUUUAACUGUUGGACUUGUUACAAUAAGAAUAGAAAAUGAAUUUGGUCAAUCAGAUAGUUGUGUUGAUGCUGUUAGGGUAUUUGACAAUCUCCCUACUCCACAAUAA